AUGGCUCUGUAUAUCUUGCCCCGGGCAACGGCCACUGUUUCCAUCCCAAAUGGAUUGCACAAAUUUGCAAUUGCACAGGUCAUUCUCUUUUCUAUCAUAUACCUGAUCCAGCUCCCCAUGAGGUACAAGCAGGAGUGGAAAUACUGGCACCAUAACAAACGUCAACACCCGAUCCGCUGUGCCCUUUACUCCAGCUGGUCUAUGGUUGGCUUGCUGGCCAUUAUUCGUAUCGUCGGAUCGGCUAUGGUUCUUUCCAACAGUCACCCGGACGAGUCUAUGCUCACAGCGGAGAUAUCCUUGCAAAGUGUGGGCCUUUCGCCUCUCAUGUUCGAAGUCAGUCUAGUUCUCCUACGAUGUGGACAAGCUGAAGAGUUUGGUCCCGGACAAUCGAAAUACCCCAAGCCCUUGCGCUUCGCAUUGCAUGCGUUUCGCUUUCCCGUAUUUGCUGCUAUUGUCCUCGGAGUUGUGGGUAGGAUUAUUGAGAUAAAAUCACUUGGAGAAGCCGGAUCAGUCAUUCUGGUCGUGACUUUUGCGUUCGUGACUGGUCUUGUUACCUGGCUCGCGAUGAAGUCCCACUCAACCCUUCCCGUGGAGGGUCAUCGUGGUGUCCUGUUGGUCUUUCUCGCUCUUCCAUUUUUGUGGGUACGGGUCAUCUAUUUCCUGUUGCAGGAGUAUGGACCCGCGAAUUUCAGUCUUGACUCGGGUGAUGUGGGUGCCUUGGUGGGAAUGGGAUUGGUGAUGGAGAUCAUCAUUGUCUCUUUGCUCCUAACAGCCCGCGCAGUUGUAGAGCCGAUUUGGUCAACUGAUAGCAAGAGGCGCGGGGUAGCCGAGGGCUGUGAACAGGCUUGA